AUGAUCUCCUGGCGCGUUUAUUCCACUCGCUGGAUCUUCAUCUGCAUCGUCUCGCCUAUCCUGGGCCUGUUGUUGAUUUAUCAUCUACUGGAGAAUGAGACUCGCACACAUUUCCCGUUUGCCUUACCGGUACCAGGCAGCGCGACAUCCCCACAUACGCAGCUCGGUGCUGCAGAUACGACUUCCUGCCACUACCAUCCUGAAUUGGAACAUGUCCUGGUCAUCCUCAAAACCGGCGUUACGGAGGCUCUCGACAAAAUUCCCAUGCAUAUUGGAACCACUCUCAGAUGCAUCCCACACUAUGCCGUUUUCUCCGAUUACGAGGAAGAUAUCCCGGCCGCCGGCAGUAGUGGUCUGACCCAUCAAGUAGUCCGCUCGAUCGACGUACUGCGAAACGUCAGUGAAGAAGUCAAACAGUCCAACCUGGACUUCGACCUAUACAAUCGUGUACACGAGCGCGGACGAGCCGGAUUACAAGCGACGGAUACUGCCAAUGACAAGAACAAUGUCAACUCCGCUUUCGGCAAGCCAGACAAUCCAGGCUGGAAACUCGAUAAGUGGAAAUUCCUCCCGAUGAUCGAUGAGGCGCUACGCAUUCGUCCCGAAGCGAAGUGGUAUGUGUUCAUGGAGGCAGAUACCUACAUCAUCUGGCAGAAUUUGGGGCAAUGGCUGGGGCGACUGGAUGCUUCCAAACCUUUCUACUUAGGUAGUCAGAUGCAGAUCGGUAAUGUGAUUUUCGCGUACGGAGGCUCUGGCAUUGUUCUCUCCAAUCCCGCCAUGAAGAAGGUAUCUCAGCAUCGGGCUCAACGGAUGGAAGAAUUGGAGGAUUACACUCGUGGGCACUGGGCCGGCGACUGCGUUCUAGGGAAGGCGCUGGCGGACGCAGACGUUCCCUUGACCUGGGCAUGGCCGAUGAUGCAGACAUCGCGAGUGUGGGAGAUAGAUCCAUUCACCGAUGGCUAUGGACGGAGACCAUGGUGCCAUCCCGUCGUGUCGUUCCACCAUAUGAAUGCGGAUGAUAUAAAGACUAUGUGGAGAUUUGAACAAGAUUGGUUCCAGCAGAACAAAUUCACCCCCAUCCUCCACGAAAACAUCUUCCAGAACCUCACCAACAACUUCCUCUCCCUAGUCUCCUCCUCGUCCGCACUCCCAUAUGCAAAGAAAGAAGACUGGGAUAACUUCUCGCAGAACUCCCGCCUCAUGUCCACUUCACCCACACCCACCUUUACAGACUGCGCACAGAAAUGCGCGGAGAAUAAAGACUGCCUCCAGUUCUCGUACGAAGGUGGGAACUGUUCCAUCGCUAAUUCCGUGCUAAGGGGCGUUGACCGCUCCGGAAUCGAGUCGGGAUGGAUGAUGGACAGGAUUCAGCCCCUGGUCGAAAGCAUGGGACAUUGUAAAGAGGAUAAGUACAUGCCUUAG